UAUGAGGUAAAACGUCAAAAAUGGUAUAACUAUAAGAUUUGCUUUUCGCUGCAGUGUUUUUUUAAAUUCACGUAAAGAUAAUUCGCACCUCUAUUUCUUCUAUGUGAUAUUAAAGUGUGACUAUUAUAUUGUAGUGCGAGUAGAUAUAGUAAGCACAGGAAACUUACAAUGACCUUUGAGUGAUUGAUGACAUCUUUAAAAUCUGCUUACUAUAUUGUAGCAGUAUGGCGUCUGUAUGGAAGCGUCUCCAGAGAGUGAACAAGCGCGCCGCUAAGUUCCAAUACACAGCAUCCUACCAUCGUGUCGAUAUCGAACUCACUCCUAAGUGGAAACCUAACAAGUUAAGUAUAGUAUGGACCCGUCGAUCGCGUCGCGUGGUGACGGAGCCUCUGGAAUGGGAGCCGUCGUUGAAGGAUCCGUUAAAGGGUUCAGUAAUAUUCGCGGUGCCGGAGAAUCAGACGGCGGCCGUGACUCUGUUCAGGGACGCCAGAACCAACGAGCUGGAAGACAAGGACUGGACCUUCGUACUCGAAGAUGUAUCUCCUUCCGGUAAGCGGCGCCGCCUGGCGUCCUGCCCCGUGAACCUCCGCCGCCACGCGUCCCUGAUGCCAGCCCAGAGGUCCCUGAGGAUCACCUUGGACACUUCCGGCAGGAGGCUGCGGGCCGCCAGGAUACAUCUCACACUACACUGUGUGCUGCUGAGGGAGGGAAACGCCACUGAUGAGGACAUGCAAUCCCUGGCGUCGCUACUGUCCGUGAACAACAACUCAGACAUCGCCGUCUUAGAAGACCUGGAGGAAGACGACUGCACGCUCUCUGAACACUCCACGAGACAGAUGUUGGAUCUCAGACAGCAGAUGGAGGAAAUGACGCAGAGCUUAACAAACAGUGACAUAGCGGCCACCCCCAACAGUGUACAGAGUCUCAACUUCGAUAACUCACGGACCCCCACCGCACCCAUGACCCCCGAGUCCACAACACCCACGACCCCCAAACCAAAAGAAAUAAAUGACAGAAUAGAACCCGAGCUCAAAAUCAGCGAACCCUUCAACACUCCGAGGACGAGACCCGAAUAUUUAAGCAACCUGACGAAACUAGCGAUGAAGACCGACGCCCCGAGGUACACCUCCACACCCAAGACGACGACGCUCACGUACGAACCCAAGGUCGACGGUCUGAAGGGCGUAGAGUUCAAACCGAAGAUGAUAGCGAAAAGAAACCUUAAGCCGCUGGAGUUGAAAUCUAAUUUGAAUAACAUAAGUCUGGACACCAACGACAACGAGAAGGACCUCGACGACGACAAGACGCCCACCGCCGGGGAGAGGCUGCUCGCGCUGAGAGGACUCGACAAGACGCCGGUUCAAGAGUUACUGGACUGGUGUGGAGGAGUGACCCGCGAGUACCGCUCCUGCCGGGUCACUGACCUUGCUCAAAGCUUCCGCUCGGGCCUGGCCUUCUGCGCCAUCAUACAUCACUAUCGACCAGACCUCAUAGAUUUCUCCGGUCUUCAAGCGGAGGAGUUCGAGCAGAAUGUCCGUACAGCGCUGGAGGCGAGCGCCAGGCUGGGGAUCGCUCAAGUCCUCACCGUCAAAGAUGUGUGCUCGGCCACCGGUCCCGACAAGCUGGCGAUAAUGACGUAUCUAUUUCAACUGCGGGCUUACUUCACCGGCAAUGAACUGCAAGUCGAACAGCUGGGUAACGAUGAAACUGAGUCAUCGUACCUGGUGGGGAGACAUGACACUGACGAGAGUCUGCCGCCCGAGCUGUUCAGUAGAGAGGUCAGCACCCGGCGCUCCAGGAACCUCGGGGACAGACAUAGACCGGGGUGUCAGGAGUCCCGCCCGUCUCAGGAUCUAUCUCCGGACAAAUCCCCGGCCAUCAAGGACGUCCGCGACAUGCUGCUCCACUCCAAGACUCUGCUGGGGAAGAUGCUGUCUCCGGCCAGGGAGAGGGACAAGCCCUCCGCCAAGUGGUUCGCUGACAGUGAGCCUGUACCGGCGCGGCCCGAAAAGUUGAUGACUCGUAAAGAGCUGACGGACCCCUUUGGCUCUGAUGAGGAGGAGGAAGCACCGGCGGCAGGCGAGGGUGAAGUAAAGCAACCGGAACCAGCUCCGGAAAACCCACCCGAAAUACAACCGGAACCAGCGAAACCGGAACCGGAAAUAAAAGAAAAUAAAACAGAAACCAAACCAGCCGCGGAGCUACCGAAACCCACACCACAACUCCUGUCCCGCCACGACGAGCUGAAGGAGAGAGCGAGACAGCUGCUGGAGGCGGCGAAAAUAGAAGAGAGACAGAGAGAGAUGGAGAUAGAGGAGGGAGGGAGGAGGGGCGGAGACGAUGACGCACACAAGAAGAGCCUGUCAGAGGACGAGCGACAAGCGGUGCUCAGGGAACGAGCCAGGAGACUCAUAGCGGAUGCCAGGAACGGAGGAGGGGGACGGAAGGGUUCGCCGUCGUCUCCCGCCGUGGAGAUCAUCUCCAAGCAGUCCGUCAUGGACGAGUUCGUGGCCGCAGGUGGAGUGGACCAGCUGGGGUCGGCGGCCUCCAGUCCCGGCUCGGGGAAGAGCUUCAACAACGAUAUAUGUGAUCCUCACAGUGACAGCGGAGCGCUGGCCGCGCUGGUCGGCCGGUUGUCGCCGGACUGCCGGGAACAGAACGAGUCCGGCUCGUACCUGGCGAGUGAGCUGGAGGCCCUGGAGAGAGAACAGCGGGCGGUGGACGAGACGGCCGCGCGGCUUGAGGUGCAGCUCAGGAAGGUCAUGGACAGGGGAGACGACGCCAGGGAGGAGGACCGCCUCAUGUCGCAGUGGUUCAACCUGGUGAACAAGAAGAACGCGCUGCUGAGGAGACAGAUGCAGCUUAACAUACUUGAACAAGAAGAGGACCUGAGUCGUCGCUGUGAGCUGCUUGCGAGGGAGCUGCGGCUGUCCCUGGGGGUGGAGGAGUGGAGGAAGACGCCGGGCCAGAAGAGGAGGGAGAGACUCCUGUUACAGGAGCUGCUGGCGGCCGUCAACGAGCGAGACAGACUGGUGCAGGAGAUGGACGAACAGGAGAAAGCGAUAGCUCAGGACGACGAGAUAGAAAGGAACCUGUCCACCGUCGAGAUUCAGAGGAAGAACAAUUGCAUCCUGCAGUAAGAGGCGGGCGCCACUCUCGCUCACGCGCUCGGCGUUACGUUUGCAUCCUUCGUUGAUUUCGAUUCUCAAAUGUUUUGCUGUUAUAUUUAGUUAACUGUCCGCGUCCUGCCACGAGGUCGGCGUGGUGUGCGGCGGCGGCCUCGUGGUCGGGUGCGUGUUUGUUGUAUGAGCGGUAGCCACCAAAGACCAGUGAAGUGAUAUUGAAGUACAAGCCUCGUGCAAUGACCCGCGAGUCAUGUAUAGUCCAAUGUAAAUAUUAGUUACUAAUGCUGUAAUAUUGUUCGCGGCCGCGUCGGCCCGUCUUGCCUAACAACGCUAUUUAAAUAUUUUUUUAAUUUAAUUUAAUGUAUGAGAUGUCUAAGGUAGUAGCUAAUUUUUAUAUCACUAUAUAUUUUCCAACGUAAUAUCUUCGUGUGCCUAAAUCAUAUAGCUGUCCUCUUCACUCCUCUCGGGUUAGAAGAGAGCGACGAUAUGAUCUGUAUGUUGAUGGUAACGAUGUCUGAUUGAAAUCAAAACACGUGCUCUAUCGAACGCUUGUAGACCAACGACGGGUGCUGAAGAUAGUGUUGCUUGAUGAAUUCAUUACUUUAAAUGAUUUUUUUUAAUGAAGUCGAAGUAAUCAUCGUAUUAGCGUCCUCGACGCCCGCCCGUCUCGAUGCACACCCCCAGCAUCCCUGGCAACAUUAUCUCGAUUCUAACUCGCCUUAGUCAUAUUAUUUAUCAAUGUACGUAUAAAUGUAUUUUUUAAGUGGAACAUAUUUUUUUAUAUAAAUCUUUUGUAAUAACGUAUGAGAUCUCAGUUGGCUUAGUUUUUUACAUGUUAGUUUGGGCUUGAGCGAUGAGGAGUGAGUCUAGUGUGUAGCUGUGACGUCGCUGUAGGAGUAUCACACACACUGUCUUCCGGCUGGAAAUGAAAAAACAAUCGAGGCACCAAUAUACAUUGGUUUAUUUAAACAAAGGUUUCAUAUAAUUUUUUUGUAUGACAAUGAAGUCACCCAACACACGACUCAAAGUUAAUAGAAUAGAAUGAUGUAACCCAAGUAGUAGCGUUACUAGUUGUAAAGGCUCGACUCCACUUAUGAAUGUCUUCGCUUCGCAUCGCACUCGUGUAUUCACAGCCUUUAAUAUUAAAAGUAAUGUUUCAAGCCUGCGUCACAACCUUCAGCGAUGGUGGGCGUUGAGGGGACGGUGAAGUGAUAGCUUUUAUAAAUUAUAGUGCACGAUAGAAUCACUAGGCGUGAGCGAGACACGAGGGAACUGUCCGUGUGGAGUGGUGAGGGUUGUGAUGCAGGUACUAAGAGCCUGCGACUGUACUCUCUGUAUCAAAUAUAUUAUGAAAUAAAAUAUUGACACACAA